UCCGCCACCACCACUGUGACCGUCUCCUAUGACCAGAUGUACGAUAACGCCAGUGGUUCUCUGACCACCGUCGCGUGCUCCGACGGCCCCAACGGGCUGCUCACCAAGAAUCUCGGGCCCGACUUCGGCAACCUCCCGCACUUCCCAAACAUCGGCGGCGCGGCCGCCAUCGCAGGGUGGAACGACCCCAACUGCGGCACCUGCUGGCAGCUCACCUACAACGGCACGUCCAUCAACGUGCUCGCCAUCGACCACGCUCAGUCGGGCUUCAACAUCGCGCUCGGUGCAAUGAACGCCCUCACGAACAACGAAGCUACCUUCCUGGGACGCAUCAACGCCCAGGCUCAGCAGGUCGAUGACAGCGUAUGCGGCCUCUAA